AUGGAAAGCAUCAGUGUGGAAAUGGACUGGGAUGGGUUAGGCCUCUCCUCUCUGGGCCCCACAGGAAGAAACAACUUCUCUUCCUCGUUUAUUUCUGAACUGAACUCAUUUAACACUUCUCACAGUGGGGGAUCCUUCUUUGGCAUCUUUCCCGAGAAUGGCUCCAAUAGCACACCUCGCACCCUUCCCCAGCCCAGGGUGAGGGAUAUGGGUCUGGCUCGGGUUGAGAUUGCAGUACUUGCGUUGGUGCUGGCUCUUACCACCUUGGGGAACAGCUUUGUGCUGUGGGUGCUUCUGAGGCGGAGGAAGCACAAUGCGCCGAUGCACAUAUUCAUGGUCAACCUGUGUGUGGCUGACCUGGUGGUGGCUUUCUUUCAGGUUCUUCCCCAGCUAAUAUGGGAUAUAACCGAGAGGUUUCAAGGGCCUGACUUUCUGUGCCGGUCCGUUAAGUAUUUGCAGAUUGUGGGCAUGUUUGCUUCCUCCUAUAUGAUAGUUGCCAUGACAGUAGACCGGCACCAUGCCAUCUGCUGCCCGUUACAGGCCUACCGAGGGGGAGCAGUGUCCCGCUGGAACACCCCUGUCAUAGUGGCCUGGGGGCUGGCACUAGUCCUCAGUAUACCGCAGGUGUUCAUCUUCUCUCGCUCAGAAGUGGCUCCCGGAGAGUUCGAGUGCUGGGGUCACUUUGCUGAGCUGUGGGGGCUGAAGGCCUACGUCACCUGGAUGACGGUAGCUGUCUUCCUCCUGCCUGCCCUCAUCAUCACCAUCUGUCAGAUAAGAAUCUUCCGCGAGAUUCACAAUAACAUCUACCUGAAGUCAGAGAGGAUGGUGAUGGCUGAGAUGAAGAAAAGUGAAAUCCUCUUCCGCUUCCACACCUUUAGGAAGGAGGACGAGCGACCCAGGGAGAGGGGGAGACGGGCGUCUGGAGGAGGGGGCAGAGACGGAAGAGGGGGACAACUCUUAAAGGGUGCAAAUAACAACCCUCACAAUAACACACAUAACAGCCCAGCGGGAGAAUGCUAUGACUAUGUACCACCUGAUAUUCAGUAUAACGGUUGCUGCGGGGAACAUGUGACAGCAGCAGCAACAACAACAACACCAGCGCAUCAGCAAACAGUAACAGACUGCCAGGAGUCCUACACCAACUCCCCUCGCUGCUCUCUUGAUUUUGUUCCCCCUCACCGUCCUGCCACGCCACCUCCAAGUAUCACUAAAGCCAUGUCAAAAACAGUGAGGAUGACCCUAGUCAUUGUGCUGGUGUAUACUAUCUGCUGGUCACCUUUCUUCAUUGUCCAGCUGUGGGCAGCCUGGGACCCUGACCCUCCAGACCAAGGAGUGGCCUUCACUAUCCUGAUGCUGCUGGCCAGCCUAAACUCGUGCACCAACCCAUGGAUCUACACAGCUUUCUCCAGCAGCGUGUCUAGAGAGCUGCAAAAUCUUCUCCACUGUCGGUCAGGACCUGGACGCCGGGGCUCCCUGCCCGACGACUCUACCACCACACACACAUCCACCACCAAGGACAGCCUGUACUGACAAAGACUGAUGAGCUGGAGAGUGAGACACGCAGACACAUGCUUGAAAGGCAUGCAUCGGUGCACAUGCGCCUAUUGCAAGGACAUACUCUUGCAUACGACUCUGCUGAUGCCAUCGCCUCCAGCAUCACGGCCUGAGAACACACUGCGAUGACCUCCACCAGAUGUUUUCAGCAUAAGGACAGCUGUAUUCACAGCAGGACUUUUAUUUGUAAUCACCUGUCUUAUCCGUCUCAGCAGUAGGGACGACUGUCAUUGAAGAUGUCAGCACCAUUCAUAAUCCAGCCUUUCAGUGCAUCUGUGGGGUAAAAUGGCCUAGAAAGUGAACACUUUUUCACCUUAGUAGCUGCUGAACAGAACUGUGGACAGUGAUUUAAAUUUAAAAAUCACUCAUACCGUGUUCACAUACAGCAGAGCAGCAGGAAUGCAAGGGGUGGAUUGGUGCAUUAAUGGCACGCCUAGUGUAUAAAGCAGCAGACUAAACUAUGGGUGUGGAGAAAACCAAGCAGAAGGGAAAGGGAAGAAAGAAGAAGCUCACACAGACAGUACAAGACAACAAGACUGCGGGAAAACAGACAGGAGAUGUUAUGGAUGUUGCAGUAGUGGUCCUGAGAGGGCUGCAGUUGAAAUCUAAUAAUGUGAUCAAACUUUGUUAUUCCAGAAAAGAAAGAAAGGAUUAGAGACGGAUGCUUGAGCCUCAGGAGGAAUUCAGUUCCUGGUUCCAACAAUAGUGAUUUGUUAGCAAAAUGGACAGAGAUUCACUCCCGAGGAUGAUGCGGCACAGUCAAGCAGAUAAAGCUGGUUUUCCAUACUCAACUGGGACAAAAUAAUGUGACUCUGUUUUAUACAAACAUACCAUACGAGGUACAUAAAAUGACCUUCCUGUCAUGCUUUUCUAAAAGUAUGAAACAAGGACACAAUGCAGAAGACACGGGAAGGAUGCAAAUGAGAAAUAUUUAUCAGCAUUCCAUGUACAGUGAUCAACAGUGUAAAGUAUAUUUAUUGAAAAUGGAAGGCACAUAGGCGAUAGGAGUUACAUUUUGUGUAAAAAAA